AUGAAUGGAGAUGUACCUGUGGAUCUGAGAACAGAGUCAGAGUACGCAGAAAGGCUACUUUGUCACAACAGCUGUCGUCUGCCUGAUCGUCCUUCCUACAUCUGGUACAAGAAUGGACAGAAAAUUCAGAAAGAAACAUCUUCUUAUUCAGGCUACUUUGGUUCUGCAGACAGUUAUUCCUGUGCUGUGAAAGGACUGGAGGGUUUCCCCUCUCCUUCAGUGUGUAUUCGUGGUCAAACCUGCAACAGAGUGACUUACACUGACAGAAGCAUCUGUGCCUUCAAAGGCUCAUCAGUGGACAUUUCUUGUACUUACAACAGUUAUGAAACUAUCAGAUCUAAAUUCUGGUUCAGUCCUGAACGUAGUCUUCAGUGGCAGAAUCCCUCACAGCCUGAGGACCUUAGUGAAGACUCCCAGUAUGCAGGUCGUGUUCAGGUCCUUGAAACAGAGAGAGGACGCUCCACUCUGAGAAUCACUGACCUGAGAGAGAGCGACUCAGCUGAGUAUCACUUCAAAUUCACAGCAGGAAGCUUUGAAUGGAGGAGUAGUUUACCUGGUACAACUCUGACUGUCACAGAUCCAGAUCUCCAGGUGCAGGUGAUCAGAUCAACAGUCUACCAGAUUUAUACUGAGGCAGAGCUGCUUUGUCACAGCAGCUGUCGUCUUCCUGAUCGUUCUUCCUACGUCUGGUUCAAGAACGGACAGAAAAUGGAAAGGGUGGAGACAUCUUCUUAUAAAGAUCAGUUUUAUCCUGGAGACAUCAUCUCCUGUGCUGUAAAAGGACAUGAGGAUUUCCCCUCUCCUUCAGUGUUGCGAAUGUCAGGGGGGAGCUUGUUCCAGAGUUUUGGUACAGCAACAGCGAAGGCCCGAUCGCCCCACUGCUUGUACCUCGACCUCGGGACUACUAAAGCCUGUGACAGACCGCAACAGCCUAUACUCCGGGGCUAG